GAAAAAAAUAGAAAGCGCGGAAGGAACAACGCCACGUUUGUAGUCCAUUCUUGCUGUUAUGACAGUGGUGCUAGCGAUUAGCACACGGGUUUGUAUGGUCGUGAUUCUGGGGAUUCACUAAAUGUGAUCGAGCUAUUAAAUUCAAUUAAAAUCUGAAACAUAACAUUUGAGGAAGAUGCAGGAUGACGCGCGCUACCUCAAACGCAAAGUGACUGCGGGCAGUUUGGACGUCCAUCCCACAGAGAAGGCCCUUGUGGUCCACUAUGAGGUGGAAGCGUCUAUUCUGGGAGAGAGUGGAGGUCAAAUGUUGGGCGAACGCAAGGAGGGACAAAAAAUUAUCCGUGUGAAAAGUCUUUCUCCUACUACAGAUGUGGGCGCUUUAGCCAAGAAAGUGGUGGAGGAAUGUAAACUCAUCCCUCCUUCCCGUUUGCCCCAGGUGGAGCAGCUCCUCUACUACUUGCAGAACAGGAAAUCAUCCCCAGUGGAGGGCAAAAUGGAAAAGAAAGAGAAAAGAACUAUGAAGCCCAGAGAGCUGACACCGUUUGAAGGAAUGGAGUUAAAUGAGGAAGCCAGUAUAACCAGAGUGGAUGAGUAUGUUGAACUGCUCUAUGAAGGCAUCCCAGAAAAGAUCAGAGGCUCUGCUCUCAUUCUGCAGCUCGCCCGCAACCCUGAUAACCUGGAGGAGCUGCUACACAAUGAGGCAGCUCUAGGUGCUCUGGCCAGAGUAUUGAGGGAGGACUGGAAACAGAGUGUAGAGCUGGCAACCAUCAUCAUUUACAUCUUCUUCUGCUUCUCCAGUUUCUCCCAGUUUCACGGAGUGGUGAGUCAUUAUAAAAUAGGCGCGUUGUGUAUGAGUGUGGUGGAACAUGAGCUGAAGAGACAUGAUGUGUGGCGUGAGGAACUGCGCAAGAAAAACAAGGCUUGUGAGUCAGCACCAGAGAAUGGCUCUCUAAGAAGAGACCAGGACAAAGCUCUGAGAAAAUACCAAGGCCUUCUGGCUAAACAAGAACAGCUGCUCAGAGUGUCUCUUUACCUCCUGUUGAACCUUGCUGAGGACACAAGGACAGAGCUGAAGAUGAGGAAUAAAAACAUUGUUGGUCUGCUGGUCAAAGUUCUUGAACGGGAUGAUGAGGAGCUGCUGGUCCUGGUGGUUUCAUUUCUCAAAAAACUGUCUAUAUUUCUAGAGAACAAGAAUGACAUGGCUGAGGUGGAUACUGUAGAACGAUUGGCUCGUCUGGUUCCCUGUGACCAUGAAGACCUGUUAAACCUGACUCUGCGUCUGCUGCUCAACCUCUCUUUUGACUCUGGACUCAGAGCCAAGAUGGUGGAAGUUGGACUGUUACCUAAACUGACUGCCUUGUUGGGUGAUGAGAACAACCGUCAGGUAGCCAUGCGCAUCCUGUAUCACAUCAGCAUUGACGACCGUUUCAAGGGCAUGUUUGUUUACACUGACUGCAUACCUCAGCUAAUGCAAAUGCUGUAUGAGCACAGUGAGGAGGAAAUUGAAGCUGAGCUCAUCUCCAUCUGCAUCAACCUGGCUGCAAACAAGAGGAAUGCACAACUCAUGUGUGAAGGAAAUGGGUUGAAGAUGCUCAUGAAGAGAGCUUUGAAGAUGAAAGACUGCCUUCUAAUGAAGAUGAUCAGAAACAUCUCACAACAUGACGGAUCAACCAAACCAUUCUUCAUAGACUAUGUUGGUGACCUGGCAGCAGAGAUCCGUGCAAAGGAAGAGGAGGAGUGGGUUCUGGAGUGUCUGGGGACACUGGCCAACCUCACCAUCCCUGACCUGGACUGGGAGUUGGUGCUGAAGGAAUACAACCUGGUACCCUACCUCAAAGACAGACUUAAACCAGGCUCAGCAGAGGAUGACCUCAUCCUGGAGGUGGUGAUAAUGAUCGGAACAGUUUCUAUGGAUGAUGCCUGUGCCGCCAUGUUGGCUAAAUCUGGCAUUAUUCCUGCCCUUAUCGAGCUACUGAAUGCCCAACAGGAGGAUGAUGAGUUUGUGUGUCAGAUUGUGUACGUCUUCUAUCAGAUGGUGUUUCACCAAGCUACACGAGACGUCAUCAUCAAAGACACCCAGGCUCCAGCCUACCUGAUAGAUCUGAUGCAUGAUAAGAAUGCUGAGAUCAGAAAAGUGUGUGACAACACCCUUGAUAUUAUUGCUGAGUACGAUGAGGAGUGGGGGAGGAAGAUUCAGUCAGAGAAGUUCCGUUUCCAUAACAACCAGUGGUUGGAGAUGGUCGAGAGUCGCCAAGCUGAUGAGUCUGAACCAUAUCUCUAUGAUAACGACAACGACAGGACUGAUCUAUUCUAUAGCACAGAUGGAAUAACUCCAGCUGACGGUUCAGUCAGCCCAGAUUUCUUCAGCCUACAGCCUCAAAAUGGAGACUUGCACCAUACAGGAGAUGGCAAUGAUGUCUUUGACCAGACCAGCUCAUCACCUGGACGACCAGCUACUGCCUACGGCUUCAGACCUGAUGAACAGCCCUUCUAUCAGUACUCAUAGACACAUACAGGCUGGUUUGUUAAACACUUCGGAACAUCCUGUAAUCUUAGAUCCAUUCCCCAUCUACAUCCUGCAUGUCCACUGUUACAUAGAUUGAAUUUUCACUUCUAGAAUCUGUCAUGACUGAAGGCAUCACAAGACAAUGAUCAUAAAGGCUGAAACACAUAAUACUGACACACUACUACUGCAGAUUUUAAACUAGUUAUUAAAUAAACUGCAGUUCCAUGCAGUCACCUUUCAUUACCCAUUUCAUUCAUUCACCAUUAUGUUAAACAGAUAAGUAGUUAAGUCUUCCUUACCCACUGGCUACAGUCUUCUUAUGGUGGGUUCCCAGUGGGUCAGCAAAUAUUUAAAGAAUGUGAACAGACAUAUGUUGAUAAGUUUUUGCAUGUUUUUCCUAUGUAAUAAUGAAGAUUAUUCACUGAAAAAAAACAGUCAAAUGUGUUCUUACAUCCCAUUAUUGGACGGUUUGAGAUCCACCAGUUUGACUCAUCUAACAUUAUGUCAACAUGCUGACCUUUAUACACUGUCAAUUUAUUAACAUGCACUACAAUGUACAUAGCUUUCUUUCGUCUAUGUCACUGUAAAAUGGGCACAUUGUUGAUGGUGGUCCUUAUAACUUAGGGUGCUUUCACACUGGCAGGUUAGUUCGAACCCGGUGCAGACCAAGAAACUGUAGCGGGGCCUGUCUGUGAAGUGGUCUGAGAUUGGUUACAGUUAAAAGAGUGUUCCACUGAUUUAGCAUUGCAUCAUGGACAGAUAAAAAAAAGGAUCGAAAUCAAUGCAGCAGAACCAGAGAUGUUGUCUUUUUUUAUUCAACACAUUCAUCCUCCUUGUCAAAACAUGGUGCCUACAUUACCCACAAUGCAACUUGACCAAUAACAGUUUUCCCCAUGCAUGUCAUAAUAGGCACCGACCUUGUUUCCAGGCAACAGUGGUCAAUAGCUGCACUUUGAUGAGGAAAGCAUUACCACAGAUUGGAAAAACAGUAGACACCUGUGAAAGCAAAGCAGCAGGCUCGGGACAAAGGGGGGCCGUCAAAUUCAAGUUCAGAUUCAAAAAAGCAAACCCAGUGUGAAGUGGCCUAGAAAUGUUGCCUUUAAAUUGAAGCUUAAAAUGCUGCUGUCUCGUGCAGCAUAUGGCUCUGGUCAUUUUUGUGACCAUCACUCAGUGUGCUGUACACGUUACUGAUGUCAAACCGCUGCAGUAUUACAUUUAUUCAGUGAUGAGAAAAGUAGAAACCCUGUCACUGCAGAGAAGGUGGAUAUACGGUAUGUCACUACAUAAUAAAAUGAAUGUUAUUGACCUGCCACCAUACACCCCUGAUAUUGCAUCAGUCCCCUUAAACAACAUUGGGAUGAACCUGAAUGCAGCAUCCAUUAAAAGGGGGGCAGCAGCUAGCAGUAGGACCAGAAAUGGUCCAACACUGCACUGGCAUCUCUAUUUUUCUGAUCACUGAGUAUACUUCUACUUUUAUUCCUUUUUGUAUGGGAUGUACUGGCUUUUAGUAUAUUAAAUAGGAACAGUGGAACCUCUGGUUUUUCAUUCUUGCUGAAUUUAAAAAAAAAAAAAAAGUCCGUAUCCAGAUAUCCAAUCCUCAGUGGCCCAGAUCUGGUUCUCCCAUGGCUGUUUAAAUAGCAAUAAAGCACUACAUCGAAAGCAUCUAAAUUCCCCAUACUACAUACUAAUAGUGUGCAAGUUUUAGCAUGUGCAGUGUUUGGUAUGCAAGUUUAACCAUCCUACACAUUAUAUACACUAACACUAUUUGAUAUUCAGUACGUAUUUGGACAUUUAACCAGCUGGGACAGAGCUUUUGCUUGUGUAUGCAGGUUGAAAGAGAGGCCGGUGAGGUUAUUCUGCAGAGUGUCAUAUGUACAGAAGCCAUGGGGAGGGACAUGUUUUUGUUGUCAACAUUAUUGGUAUAAUUUCAUGUUCAUGGCUGUCUUCAGUCUUGCCAGUUUCCUGCAGAAGCCACUGUUUUCACUGUGCCGUUGCUUACUGUGCUGAGCUGUGGAGGGUGGAGUAGUAUAAAUACACUUUUCAAAACAAAAAUAAAUUGUUCCCUUGACUAAACUACAUAUGAAAAGGAGGGUCACACUGAUUUGCAGGACACUGACAAUUAGCUACAUACUGUAUAACUAUUUGCACAUAUAGUUACAUUUUGAUGGAUGGUUAUGUUUUCUUUUUUAUUAUAAGUUAUUGUUAAUCUAUGUAUAUCAUUGUGUUUAUUAUAAUUGAUUUUAUUGCUACUUAACAAGACACUGUAAACAGAAGCUAGUACUGGACAAUAGAUACUCUUUCAUCCUCAGGUUGUUUUAAUAAAAAGUUUUUGCAUGA